UCAUCAAAAUCAUUAUUGGAUGAAAAUGAUUGUAAUGGGAAAGUUUCAUUCUCCAAAGGUGAUUACAAAUUAUAUGAGUCAGCCAGCCAGUCCAAGGAACAUAAGAUAAAUGUGAAGAAAGAGAUGGUCAAUAGGUUAACCACCUCUGCAGCCCAUGAACCAGAUGUUCCUCGUGAGAAAUAUGAAGCUUUCCAACAUUCAGAGGUCUGCUUUGAGCCUGAGAAAAUUCCUGCAAGACCACUGACUCUCAGGGAGGCACUGGAAGUUCACAAGCCUCAUUUUAUUUCCCGCUCACAAGAACGAUUAAGAAAAAUUGAACACACUGUGCAACUGAGAAAAGCACAACAAAGCGAGGAUUUGGGGGGAAAACAAGGAAGUGCUUUAUCCUGCAAGCUUUCCUCAACUUCCAUUACAAGUAAGAAGAAACAAUAUACUGUUCCUCAUCCACUGAGUGAUAACCUGUUCAAACCAAAGGAACGGUACAUUUCAGAAAAGGAGAUGCAUAUGCGAUCAAAAAGAAUUUAUAACAAUCUUCCUGAAGUGAAGAAGAAACAAGAAGAGAAACAGAAACGGAUAAUCAUACAGAGCAACAGAAAGCGGGUUGAAAUAUUUAAAAAGCAAUUAUUGGACCAACUCCUUCAAAGAAAUACAGAAUGA